CUCAUCUCCUCAACAUACUUGAUCAACACAACUCGGCAAAACACGCUUUACUUUCCAAACAUGGCCUCCACAACUUGUCUCACGUCUUUUAGCUCCUCCGCGUCUCCUUUUAUUGGCUCAAAAGUUUCCACCAAUCAGUCUCAUUCACCACCACCGUCUCGCGUCAGCUUCCGCCCCUUUCGAGUAUCCGCCGCCUGCGCUUCAACCGCCGAGAGACCCACAUCAUGCAUUGCAACACCAACAUCUGCAUCAUCUCUUUACGAAGUUCUUGGAAUUCAAAUGGGCGCCACGUGUCAGGAGAUCAAGACAGCUUAUCGAAGACUGGCUAGAAUCUUGCAUCCUGAUGUUGCAGCUAACGGGCAAAGGGAGGACAAGGCUUACGAGUUCAUGAGAGUCCACGAAGCUUAUGAAACCCUGUCUGAUCCUGAAAAACGUGCAGAUUAUGAUCGCUCCCUUUAUAGACGAGGAAGGCAAAUGGGCUCUCCGUUUGUGAUGUCUGCUGCUACUGUAACAACAAUGGCAACAGGAUUUUCUGGGUAUACAAGUCAGAGAUGGGAAACUGACCAGUGCUGGUAACUGGGAAAAGAGGCUGUAAGAUCAUAGAUCCUAAUCGAUUUUAGUCCCUUAGAUUGCUAGAUGAAAUUGUAAGAUACAGUAUUGACCCCCAAAUAUUGGGGGAUUAUUUGCUGCUGUAAAUAGUCCAGAUUGGACCUCCAUCUCUUGUAUCAUGUCCCAAGGCGGCAUUUUUUCAGCCUGGAAUUAUGAAUUCUUACUUGUGCUAA